UCAAAAAAUAUGUGAAAAAUUAAUGAAAAUCUAAAAAUCUCUUGCAAAUCCUAAAAAUGAAUGAACAAAUUUGCAGGCUUUGCAUGUCGGAAGAGACUAACAUGGUAUCAAUAUUGGAUGAAGACCGAAAUAUUCCAACAAAAACUAAAAUUUGCUUAAAUAUUGAAAUUCAACUCGAUGACAACUUACCAAAGAAAUUGUGCGAAGAAUGCCUCAGUUUACUCGAUGGCUACUACCAAUUUUACAUGCAAUGCCAAGAAACGAACAAAGCCCUUCGCCAACUCAAAGAAGACGCAAAUAUCCAAUUCCGUGUCAUAAAAUUCGAAAUUUUGUCAACUCCUGACGAACCAAUUCAGCAAGAAAUUGCAAGUCCCACGAAGGAAACGGCAAUUUGUGACAUUUGCAUGUUCAAAACGGACUCGCUCGAAGCUCUGAAUUUCCAUCAGCUCUCCGUGCAUGUGGGCGAAGCUGAAGAAUCUGUCGUUUUGGACUUCAAAUGCGAUCAUUGCGGUAAAUUAUUCUUGAACGAAGCUGCGCGGAAGGAACAUUUACGCUAUUCUUGCCCCUUUAUGGACACCCGAAGUUACAUUUGUGACUUGUGCAAUAAAUCCUUCAAGGAAAAACAGACUUUGCGGAAACACUUGAACCUCCAUAUGAAAGUUAAAGAGUACCCGUGCAAACAUUGUGAUAAAAUUUACUACUCCCAAAGCAGUUUGAUCUUGCAUUAUCGCAGUCACAGCUCCGAACCGUGUCCCGUGUGUCAUAAAGUGCUGAAAUCCUACAGUUUGCCGUAUCACAUGGCCCAACAUUCGACGGAAACUCGCUUCCAAUGCCCAAUUUGCAAUAAAAUAAAAUUUCCCACGGAGUCAUCGUUGAAGCAACAUCUGAAAAUUCACACAAAAUCCGCCGAACCAACGGAAUCCCUCAUCUGUGAUUGCGGCAGAAAGUUCAAAAGUCUCCGCGGGAAGCAGUGUCACAAGGCAAAUGGAUGCCCAGCAGUCAGUUUGGAUAAUUUCACGUUCAAAUGCGAAACCUGCGGCAAAGGAUUCAGCAAAAAAAGCAACUUAUCGCGUCACAUGUCGAGUCACGACGAGAAAAGUUACAAAUGGAAGUGCGGAAUUUGCGGCAAAAAGUUCAACAAUAGCAGCAACUACAAAGUUCACAAGUACUCUCAUAACCCGGAGAAGAACAUCCCGUGCAAAUAUUGCGAUAAAAUGUUCAAAAAUCAGGAUUCGCUGCGUUCGCAUUACGUUUUGCACGAAGGAAAGCUCUUUUCGUGUCGCGUAUGCGAAAAAACCUUCGGCACGAUAACUUUGUUGAACAAUCACGUGAAGAAAAAGCACGAAAAUGAGAUAAAAACUGAAAAAAAUUACAGUUAA